CGGAUCAUCGCCUCACCCUUUCUUUGAAUUACAGUAACCAUGGUCACUCCCAACGCUCCGUUUCGACCCUCCCCGUUAUCGUUUGGCUCCCCGCGAGCAUCGCCCUUUCGUCGACCCUCCACUCCCAACUCGCCUCCCUCGCAGGGCCGUCCAGUGACCCCGGGCAGCUCCCCCGGCCGAUAUACUCCCGUCCAGUCUCCCAGCAAGCUCAAUCAGUCCUACACCGUCGAAAACGAAGAUGUGUCGCCGCGCAACAGAAGCCCCAUCCCGCAGCCGCGGUUUUCUCGUGAUCCACCCUCAUCGCCGACAAGAGGAGCGAGUUCACCCGAUACGUCGCCCCUAAUAGGUACCAAGACGACCAACAUGAUGGCCGCCUCGUCCGAUGCAGCGGCCCAGUUGACCCCGGCGCAAUUGCGAGAGAUCCGAGAAGCAUUCCAGGUGCUCGACCGCGAUAACGACGGCUCGGUGGAUAAGGAAGAUGUGGCAGAUGUGCUGGUUAACAUCGGCCAGGACGCUUCGAUGACAUCGCGAUUCUUUCCGCCCACCGGACCUCAGACGAUUAACUUUCCUACAUUCUUGAAUAUACUAUCCAGUCUACUCGCCCCUCUCUCGUCCCGACAGGAAUUAUUGAACGGACUCGCUGCCUUUGACGAAGACGACAGCGGCCAGAUCGACGUGGCGGAGCUGCGGGAUGCGCUUCUACACACGGCCCCGGAGGCCGGCGAAGCGCCGUUAACGGAACGGGAAAUCAACGAGGUUCUGAACGGGUUCACCGGACGCCGAGUCUUUGGAGGGAAAACUGGACAGAUGGGAGGCAAGAGAGGGGACGUGUUUCGGUACCAGGAAUUUGUUGACGGCGUGAUGGGAGGGACGGAGAACGGACGGCGCGAGAACUGAGGGGAAUUCACGAGCAUCAACGAGUAUGAAUACUAAAGAUGGAAUAUGAUAUGGGAUCUGGGACUCGGGAUUUGGCGUUUAACGGUCUAGUUCAUAGGUCAUCGGUCAUAGUGACCGGAUCAACUUGCUAUGCCCCUCUGGUUGUCUGUUUCUUUGUCUUGUCUCAGCGCUGCGGGUCCACCGAUUGGCCGGUGAAGGGAAGAAACUAUUGAAAAUCGGCUCCAUGCCGUCGCCAUAACCAUAGCAACUGCAAGCUAAUCAAUUCCAUUCUCC